UACCUCAGCUCUUGUGAAGCGCAUAUUCGAAAGCUCCACUGCACUUUUUUGUUUUUUCUUGUGAAGAGCUAAAACCCCUCAUCCCUCCUGAGCAGCGGCCGGCGGCAAACCUCCGAACAUGUCGGCCUUCAUCUCGCUUGGAUGCUCUAGUUCUUUUAUCUGUGGAGAGGCUGUUGGCUCUCGUGCGGCUCGGUUCGUAACCGCGUCUCGGUUGCCGAGGUUGAAACCGGCGACGCUGUCUUAUCGCGCGUCAGCAUCAGCAAAGACCACUGUUAUCUCUGAGGAGACGGGGCCGAAGAAGCCGGCGAGGGGCAUCACGAAGCCCAAGCCAGUGUCGCCGGCAAUGCAAGCCUUCCUCGGAGUAAAGGAGAUACCGCGGACGCAAGCCCUAAAGCAGAUUUGGGCCUACAUCAAGGAGAAUAAUCUCCAGGUUUUCCAUCUGGCUUUGGUUUUGAUAAGAAGCUUCUGUAGUUUUUUAGGGUUUUGAUGAUGGGGU